GCCUCACUUUGUGGCCAUGAGAGCUGCCUACCUCUUCAUUCUAGUCCUGCCUGCAGGCCUGCUGGCUCAGGGCCAAUAUGACCUGGACCCACUGCCUCCGUUCCCUGACCACGUCCAGUACACCCACUACAGUGACCAGAUCGACAACCCAGACUACUAUGAUUAUCAAGAGGUGACUCCUCGGCCACCCGAGGAACAGUUCCAGUUCCAGUCCCAGCAGCAAGUCCAACAGGAAGUUAUCCCAGCCCCCACCCCAGAACCAGGAAAUGCAGAGACGGAGCCCACAGAGCCUGGGCCUCUUGACUGCCGCGAGGAACAGUACCCAUGCACCCGCCUCUACUCCAUACACAAGCCUUGCAAACAGUGUCUCAACGAGGUCUGCUUCUACAGCCUCCGCCGUGUGUAUGUUGUCAACAAGGAGAUCUGUGUCCGCACAGUCUGUGCCCACGAGGAGCUCCUCCGAGCUGACCUGUGUCGGGACAAGUUCUCCAAAUGUGGCGUCAUGGCCAGCAGCGGCCUGUGCCAGUCUGUGGCGGCCUCCUGCGCCAGGAGCUGUGGGGGAUGCUAGGAUGGAGCCGGCAUCCUGAGCUCUGGACCCUCCUCAGAUCCAUGGAUCCUCAGGCCAUGCCUGACCUGGUGCUUUUC